CGCCGGAGCCGCCAUGUCCGCCAUCUUGGAGCGUCGGUGAUGGUGGCGAGCGGAGGGUUUCCCGCCUGAGCGGAGGCACCCGGGGCCUGUGGCGGGGGCCGCGCUGCCGAGGAAGAAAUCUGCUUCAUCUAAUUCAAUGCUAAUUCAGUCCUGCUAAUCUGCUAAUACUGUAGAUUGAAAGAUUUUUUUGCUGUUGCCAGGACACCCUGUAAUGGGCAAGGAGCCUGAGAGAAUACAAACGUUCUGAUUUUUUAACUUUUAAAAACUUUUGUGUUUAACAGUGUUUUACUUUUGUGCCAGGAAGUGUAUCUGCUACCCGGCCUUCUUUGGAGGAGUCUCAAAGCAAAUGUGUUCAUGAACUGACAUAUAUUAGGGACCUGGGCUCCUGUUGAGAAGUGAUGGAAUAAUCUUUGGCCGGCACCUGACAUGUUGAGGGAGCAGCCCCUAAAAGAGCUUUCCUGGGAGACAGUUUGUGAAAUAACGCAGUAACAUGUUUGCAGUAACCAGCAUGUUUUGGAAAUUUGAUCUCCAUUCGUCAUCGCACAUAGAUACACUUCUAGAGAGAGAAGAUGUAACCCUGAAGGAAUUGAUGGAUGAAGAGGAUGUUCUGCAGGAGUGCAAGGCUCAGAAUCGCAAACUUAUAGAGUUUCUGCUGAAGUCAGAAUGUUUGGAAGACUUAGUUUCAUUUAUUAUUGAAGAGCCACCUCAAGACAUGGAUGAAAAAAUUCGAUAUAAAUACCCAAACAUAUCGUGUGAGCUGCUUACAUCAGAUGUCUCACAGAUCAAUGAUCGGCUGGGAGAAGAAGAAUCCUUACUCUUGAAACUGUACAGCUUCCUCUUAAAUGAAUCUCCUCUAAACCCUCUACUGGCCAGUUUCUUCAGCAAGGUGUUAAGUAUUCUUAUAAGCAGAAAACCAGAACAGAUUGUGGAUUUUUUAAAGAGGAAGCAUGAUUUUGUAGACCUCAUUAUUAAGCACAUAGGGACCUCUGCUAUCAUGGAUUUGUUGCUCAGGCUACUGACUUGCAUAGAACCUCCACAGCCCCGGCAAGAAGUGCUGAAUUGGCUUAAUGAGGAAAGAAUUAUCCAGCGGCUUGUGGAAAUUGUACACCCAUCUCAAGAUGAAGAUAGGCAUUCAAAUGCAUCACAGUCACUCUGUGAAAUUAUUCGUCUAAGCAGAGACCAGAUGUUACAAGUACAGAACAGCUCAGAACCAGAUCCACUGCUAGCAAGUUUAGAGAAACAAGAAAUCAUAGAGCAGCUCCUGUCUAAUAUUUUUCAUAAAGAAAAAAAUGAAUCUGCAAUAGUCAGUGCAAUCCAAAUACUAUUGACCUUACUUGAGACAAGACGGCAGACAUUUGAAGGCCAUAUAGAGAUCUGUCCUCCAGGCAUGAGCAAUUCCACAUACUCUGUCAACAAAAGUGUUUUAGAAGCCAUAAAAGCACGACUUUCAUCCUUCCAUGAGCUCCUACUUGAGCCUCCAAAAAAAAGUGUCAUGAAGACAACCUGGGGUGUACUGGAUCCACCUGUGGGAAACACACGUUUAAAUGUGAUUAGAUUAAUAUCUAGCCUUUUACAGACGAAUACAAGCAGUGUGAAUCAGGAGCUUAUAGAACUUAACAGCAUAGGAGUAAUACUGGACAUGUUUUUUAAGUAUACGUGGAAUAACUUUCUGCACACUCAAGUAGAAAUCUGUAUUGCAUUGAUUCUUGCAAGUCCUCUUGAAAGCACGGACAAUGGCACAAUUACGGAUCAGGAUUCCACUGGGGACAAUCUCUUACUGAAACAUCUCUUCCUUAAGUGCCAAUUAAUAGAAAGAAUACUUGAAGCCUGGGAGAUGAAUGAGAAGAAACAGGCUGAAGGAGGAAGACGGCACGGCUACAUGGGUCACCUGACAAGGAUAGCAAACUGCAUUGUGCAUAGUACAGAUAAGGGGCCAAACAGUACACUAGUCCAGCAGCUCAUUAAAGAGCUUCCAGAAGAUGUCAGAGAGCGAUGGGAGACAUUCUGCACAAACUCUUUAGGAGAAACUAACAAGAGGAAUACGGUGGACCUGGUUACUACCUGCCACAUCCAUUCCUCCAGUGAUGAUGAAAUUGACUUUAAAGAAACUGGCUUCUCUCAGGAUUCCUCCUUGCAGCAGGCCUUUUCUGAUUAUCAGAUGCAACAAAUGACGUCCAAUUUUAUUGACCAGUUUGGCUUCAACGAUGAGAAGUUUGCUGAUCAAGAUGACAUCGGCAAUGUUUCUUUUGAUCGCGUCUCGGACAUCAACUUUACCCUCAAUACAAAUGAAAGUGGCAAUAUAGCCUUGUUUGAGGCAUGCUGUAAGGAGCGGAUACAGCAGUUUGAUGAUGGUGGCUCUGAUGAAGAAGACAUUUGGGAAGAAAAACAUAUUGCCUUUACACCAGAGUCCCAGAGGCGUUCCAGUUCGGGCAGUACGGACAGUGAAGAAAGUACAGAUUCUGAAGAAGAGGAUGGAACUAAACAAGACUUGUUUGAAUCGCACACCAAUACAGAAGACAAAAUGGAAGUAGACUUAAGUGAACCACCUAACUGGUCAGCGAACUUUGAUGUACCCAUGGAGACUGCACAUGGUGCCAGUCUGGAUUCUGUUGGGUCUGGUGUGUGGAGUACUGAAGCACCUGUGCCAGCAAAAGAAACUGGCUGGGCUUCAUUUUCUGACUUCACAUCCUCUUUAAGCUCAAAAGAUUCCUUAAGAAGUAAUUCUCCUGUGGAAAUGGAAACAAACGCAGAUCCAGGUGAUCCCUUGAGUGCAAACGUAACUGCUCUUGCAACACAGCUGGAGACCCCAGGAAGUGUUGCCAUGGAGGCCAGCUCAGAUGGAGAGGAUGAUGUAGAAAAUGCAGACAAGGUAACUGAAACAGUCAUGAAUGGCAGCAUGAAGGAGACACUGAGCCUAACUGUAGAUGCUAAAACUGAAACGGCUGUUUUCAAAAGAGUGUUGAAAUCGUAUCGUGAGGAAGGAAAAUUGUCUACCUCGCAGGAUCCUUCUUGUAAAUAUGUAGUAGAAGAGAAUACAGAGGUUGCAGAAGAGGUCCCUUCAGCUCUUCAGCCUACUAACAGCAGUCCAGAACAGAGGACUGAUCAACACACCCAUUUAGGAGAGGCAUCUGUUAAUGGCCCUGUAUGAUAUGUGAUGUCUGCUACCUUGGCUGAAGAGGAAGAACUGAUGUCCAGGUGUUUAAGUGUUUCUUGAGGAUUUCAUCUAGACCCUGUUGAAGCCAGUCACUGCUGCACUAAUUUCGCAAGGAAUCAGGACCAGCAACAUUUAUAUUCUAGAUUUUAAGACAUUGUACAGAAAUUCAUAAGUGUAAAAAUAUUGCACAUUGAAAAAUACCAAUAAUUUUUGCGUAUGUUUAUAUUGUAUUGUUCUAAAUAACGGGGAGCCUGUGAAAUAAGAUCCUGCUACCCAUGUAAUGAUGACAGUAGUGUUACUAUAGUUAAAAUGGCUGUAAGAAUAGUUUUAUAAAAAAAGUGAAUACAAAAAUCUAAUGUAUUUGAGACAUAAUUAUUUGACGAUUAGUGUGACCAAAGUAUUUAGCAGUUUUCUUACAUUUUUCACCUUGUAAAAAAGAAAAAGAAAAUUCAUGUUUUUUCUGAAACUGAAAUGCCCUAUAAAUGUUAUUUUGGUUGUUUUAGCUUACAAAAGUGAUUUAAAUAAGAAUUUUUUGGUGUUCAACAUUUUACAACAGGUUUUUUAAUUGGUAAUUGUUUUCUGUAUUGUUCAAAACAGAUCAAAAAAUGUAAGUCUAUUGGUAGAGAUUUUAAGUAUUUAUUGCAACAGCUUAGUUGACAAAUUGAUGUUACUGUAAAGCCAUAUGUUCUGUUAAGUCUAGUUUGCUUGAAACAAUACCUUACAGGUGAAACACUAGAAUAUUUGGAGUGCACAUGGCUUGUUGUGUUUAAGUGGUUCACCUGCCUUUUAAACAGUUCACCAAGAUUUAGUUUCAAUACCAAGCAUUAUACAAUGGAACAUUUCAGAACAAUCUGCGUAUUUAAAACGCUAUAAUCCUUUUAGACAAGUCAAGUAAAUGAAAUGCCCGUGCUGCUAAUGUAAUUACAGUACAUGCAUUUUAAAAGUAAAUAGUGUUUUUAAUACAAAUUUUGGCAGCAGAGCAUGUUAAUUGUUAAUUUCACUGUACUGAUCUGUGUGAGGCUUUCAUUUGUAUGUUCUAAACCAGUUUUUUCACGGCUGGUUUGUGUAUAUAUAUAGUGAUUAUGGAAACUAAUUCUGUGUAAUUUAUAAUUUUCUAUGUCAGUGUAAAAUUCCAACAGCCUUCUCAAACAAACAGAAGCAAUAUACUGUAUAUUGCCACAUUGUCUGGUGAAAGGGUUAAAAUACUCCUGCACUUUCAGAUGCAAAUCCAUUUUUUUUCUGUAAUCAUUUAUUUUUUACAUCAUUUGUUUUCCUGACCAGUAUUUAAAGCCAAAAGGAUACUCUAAACAAUGGCCAAUGAUUUAUUUUAGAAGGCGUCCCGAGCAACGUGCCUAAACAUUACAUUGCAUACAGAAAUAAAAAAACCCACAUGUAUGUCAUUGCCCUUA